CCCCUCCUCUUUAUACGCACGCCACACCGCAGCAGUGCCUGCACACUCCCACUGACGACCACUGCUCGACUCCACCGACUACUCCUGCAGCUAGCUAGCCAGCCACCGCCCAAUCCCUCCAAUGGCAGCAGCCGCGGCGACGACCUUCGCCGCCACGCCGCAGCGCCUUUCCGGAGCCUACAGCAUCUUAAUCUUGCUGCUCAUGGCCUGCGGUGGCGCGACAGCGCAGGUGUUCCCGCCGUGGAACGGCACGUUCCCGAUGGGCCCCGGCUUCGGCAGCGCGGGCGGGAGCGGCGGGGCCGCGGGGGCUGGGGCGGCGAUGGGCGUGCCGGCGAUGUUCGUGUUCGGGGACUCGCUGACGGACAACGGCAACAACAACGACCUGACGUCGCUGGCCAAGGCCAACUACCUGCCCUACGGCAUCGACUUCGCAGGCGGGCCAACCGGACGCUUCUCCAACGGCUACACCAUGGUCGACGAGAUCGCUCAACUCCUGGGCUUGCCGUUGCUGCCGGCCCACUCCGAGGCCUCCGGCGACGCCGUCCUCCACGGCGUGAACUACGCCUCCGCGGCGGCAGGGAUCCUGGACAACACCGGCCAGAACUUCGUCGGGCGCAUCCCGUUCAACCAGCAGAUCAAGAACUUCGAGCAGACGCUGGACCAGAUCUCGCGCAAGCUGGGCGCCGGCAGGCUGGCCUCGUCGCUGGCGCGGAGCAUCUUCUACGUGGGCAUGGGCAGCAACGACUACCUCAACAACUACCUCAUGCCCAACUACAACACCCGCAACGAGUACAACGGCGACCAGUACUCCACCCUCCUCGUGCAGCAGUACACCAAGCAGCUCAACAGCUUGUACAACUUGGGCGCUCGGAAGUUCGUGAUCGCCGGCGUGGGGUCGAUGGCGUGCAUCCCCAACAUGCGCGCGCGGAGCCCGCAAAACAUGUGCUCGCCGGACGUGGACGACCUCAUCAUUCCCUUCAACAACAAGGUGAAGGCCAUGGUGAGCAGCCUCAACGCCAACCGGCCGCGCGCCAAGUUCAUCUACGUCGACAACUACGCCAUGAUCUCCGAGGUCCUCCGCAACCCCUGGUCCUACGGGUUCAGCAUGAUCGACCGGGGGUGCUGCGGCCUCGGGAGGAACCGGGGGCUGAUCACCUGCCUGCCGUUCCUGCGGCCGUGCCCGAACCGGAACACCUACGUCUUCUGGGACGCCUUCCACCCAACGGAGCGGGUGAACGUGCUGCUCGGCAGGGCCGCGUUCAACGGCGGCACCGACGUCGUCUACCCCAUGAACAUCCAGCAGCUCGCCGCCUGGCAGCCGUAGACAGCGAGGACACAAGGCCUCUGAUGGAGUCGAUCGAUGCAUGGUUUUGCAGCAGUAUUGUGUGUACGGUCAUGAGUAGGAGGGAGCUGAAACGAGUUAUGGUGUGUCCAGUGUCCUGUUUGUAGUAGAAGCGUGUCUGUUGGUUUUGGUCCAUCAGUGUUCAAAAGUCCCUGUAAUGUAUCAGGGAGAUCACCGGAGUUGUUUCGUUGGUUGGUGUGGUUGUCUUCAGUGUUUGCCAGUUUAAUGAUAAAGAAGUACCUUUGAUCGUGUU